AUGCUGACGCUGCAGGUGGGGCAGUGCGGGAACCAGUUGGGGCGCGCGCUGUUCGACAAGCUGGCGGCGGAGCAGGAGGCGGGCGACUCGGCCUUCUUCCACUCUGCCGACGCCUUCCGCAGCGAUCGGUCGGUGGUGCACACGCACAGCAAGAGAAGAGCUCGCGCGGUGCUGGUGGAUAUGGAGCCAAAAGUCAUCCAGCAGUGCUACAAGACGGAGAGCGCGGCUGCAACGUGGGAGUACGGGCCCAAGAGCGCGUUCACGAGGCAGAGCGGCUCGGGCAACAACUGGGCGAGCGGGUACACGACGCAGGGCACGCAGGCGGAGAGCGAGCUGCUGGACUUGCUGCAGUCGGAAGCUGAGCGUUGCGACUUGCUCAGGGGGUUUCUCACGCUGCAAAGUGCAGCGGGAGGCACAGGGUCUGGUCUGGGAUCGUUCCUAACAGAGAAGCUGGCGGAUUUCUACCCGUCGACAUCCUUGCUGAACGCUGUAGUGUGGCCGUACCAAUCUGGAGAGGUGAUUGUUCAAAACUAUAACGCGAUGCUCACGAUGGCGAGCCUCGCGGACGCGGCACACGGCAUUUUCAUGCUGCAGAACGACGCCGCGAGCCUCAUCUGCCAAAGGCUGCUGCGUAUCCCGCACCCUUCGUUUGACGCGAUGAACGAAGUUCUUGCAGCACAUCUGGCCUCUGCUUUUGACUCGCUUGGAGAAAUUCGCGACCGGUUGUGCCAGCAUCCCGGAUUUAAGCUUCUCGAUAUCAAGAUGGUUCCACUGAUGCCCCAUAGAUCCAAGAAGUUUAGCACGCACACAUGGACAGGAAUCGUGAAGCAAUUGCGCCAGAUGCAAGUUGCCAAUGCAGCUUUUGAGGAAGGCGUUGACUGGGAUAUUUCGUUGUCAUCCGAACAAGGAAGAGGGCUUAACCGCUCCGUCGGUAGCUUACUCAUUUUACGAGGAAAACACUCCGAUCAAGCCGAUCCGGCUGCAUUUUCUGAUCCGAGAAUGUAUACCGCAUGGAGUAUUGACCCGUUUCAGUGCUAUUCAUCAGCCGCGAGUUUCAACUCCUACGACAAGACAGGGACUCUGAUAAGCAAUUCCAAGGCGAUGAUGCAGACUCUGGCGAUAACGAUGGACAAGGCUUACGAUAUGUUUUCCCACGGCGCAUAUUUGCACCAGUAUGAACGCUUUGGCAUCGAUCGCGCGUUCUUUCAAGAAACGUUUCUCCAAAUUGAUCAGAUCACGCAGAACUACGCCUCCCUGUGAAUUCUAUUCCGACCCACGGUUUUUGUUGUGGCAAGGGAGUACGCCGAUUGCAGCGUCGACAAGAUAAGACCAGAACUGAAGAUUAAACGCAGUCACGCUCGUGAAAUGGAGGAUGCAGAUAUCGCUGAUACUUCUUCAUUAUUAAGGACGCAUCUCAUUGGUUCUUGGACAACAAACAAAUGCGCGGAUCUCACGGUCCGAGCGCGGACAUCAUUUCAAGCGGUUCAAACGUCUCCAACAGCGCGAUGACGCUGUCGUCCAGCUCCAGCUCGCCUUCUUGCGUGACAAAUUGGCCAUGACUGUCCAGAUACUCCCCCGCGUGCGGCAUAACUUGGUUGGUGUUGAGGGCCAAAUGGGUCAUUUGGGUCUGGGCACCUACCGACGCGGCUUCUGCUUUCCGCCUCCGUGCAAUCUUUUCGCGGUACUUUUGCGCAUGCGUCAUGGUCUGGCGAGUCGUACGGGUCCCGAUGUGCGCGGCAAUUGUUUUCCAUGGACCUGACGGAUAGCACUCGAGGGCUUCCAAGAACAGUUCGUGCUCCUCGAGAGUCCAAGGCGUGCCGGCACGCUUCGUGGGCAGCGAGCGAGCCUGGUCCUGGUUGGGCGCCAGACGAAUGAGCUCCUGGUCUCUCUGAAAGUAUUGACUCUGGACGCGCGGUGUGAUGGUCAUGUCCGGUGUGGUGUAGCGAGGUGGUGGUGCAGUGCGGUG